GUUGAAAACAAACGGAAACUGCGACAGCCAAGUAGAGCGUAGUGCAGCCAUAGGAACGCUUAAAGGGGUUGUGGUUAUUGUCGACAAGCGAGCCGUUUUUUAGACUGAGUUGUGUUAUGAGCGAUCUUUCUACGAUUUUAUUGAUUUAUAUAUUUAUCAGCGAUAAAAAGAGAAUGGCCUUUUCUGUCCUGGCUGCCGCCGUCGUCCUGUUUCACUUCAUUAACCGUGCGGACUGCCAAAUCACCCCUCCUCGACCCAAACCCUGCACUGCCCACUCAACGUGUGAAACAUGUGUACGAAACGCCAAGUGCCUGUGGUGUUUAAGCAACGACUCUUGCACAGAGUACCCAGAGGUCUCUGUGCUUCCCUCGCCGUCAGUGUGCAAGUUGUCAGAGGCCCGUUGGGGACUGUGUUGGGUGAAUUUUGAGGCCCUACUUAUUGCUAUGGCGGUCUUAGCUGGGACCAUUAUCCUCAGCAUAACUGUAUGUUGCUGCUGCUGCUGUUGCUGCAAGCGUCGUCGCUCAGGGCCGGACAGAGAUGAGGAAACAUUAGCGAGGAAGCGAGAAGAGAUCAGCCAGAAUGCUGAAGAAAGGAAAGUGAAGAGCAAGGCUAAGCACGAUGAGAUUCGCAGAAAGUAUGGUUUGAUUGUUGAUUCUGAUCACCCAUACAGCAAGUUUGAGAAUGAUUAAAUGAAAUUUCUGCUGAAGGAGUUCUCCAGGUAGUGUGCACUGCUCUGUUGCUGGCCUUAUGUUUCCCAUUUUAUGAACCUGCAGAUGUAAGGACUAAAUUAAAAAAAAAAACAUUGUCAUUGAUUUGAAUCAUAAAAUUCAGAGGUUUACGUUUUACUUUUUCUAAUUGAUAAAAAAAUUAUUCUCUAUGUCUUGAUUCUGAUGGAGCCUAUGAAGUAUUUUUAUGGAGUACUAAAACUGAAUGCAACUUGUUUAUAGACUUAAUUCACAUUUCCUUUGUGUUGUAAAAAUUUUGAUUUUAUGAUACUUCCUUUUGUAAUGAGUUUUCAUGUUUACGAUGUAUAAAUUGAAUACAAAUUAAGGCAAGAUAAUUCAUGUAUUCUGAAAAAAAUCUCAAUAAAAUUAUUCUUUAAAGA